UUCGAAGCUCGGAGGUACAAGAACUCAUUGGAAAAUGCCACGGUUUUAUGCAUCGUAUGGGAAUUCUGAUUAUACCACCGAGAGGUUACAGCGAAUCCCUUUCCCUGACAACAUUUGGAUCACAAUAUAUACAGUUAUUAUGAUAAUGGUGACAGCUGGUGUUGUCCUCUUAUUUACUUUCGUGGACGUGAUUUGGAAAUUCUUCAAAAAGAAUUCUUGGGUAUAUUUUAUUAUUAUGUAAGUUCUCUGUUCAACAUUAUUUAUCGAAUGUUCGAUUGAAUUCAUCACACCUUGACAAGUGGAAUUCAUUUGUGAUACAGAGCAGUAAUCCACUUCAC